AUGGGUGCGAGUUCCAUCUAUGAGAUCUCUGGGAAUGAGUGCUGCCUUUCCACAGGGGACCUGAUCAAGGUAACCCAGCUUCGCCUCCAGAAGGUUGUCUGUGAGAACCCAGGCACAGGCCAGACCAUGGAGCUGGACCCCAACUUCAAGGGCCUCUUCAGUUCCCUCACUGGCCCCCAGAGCUAUGGAACCCUGGAGGAACUGGUCUCAGCUGUAAUCCAGAGCUCCAAGGAGCUGCCCAUCUGGUUCAUGUCGACCCACAGAAUUGAAACAAAGGCCAGGGUGGUGCCUGAGGCGCAGCCCCUCAUGCUUGAGGCUGUGGAAAUGUACCUGGGGACCGCCUCUGCCCGCUGUGUGCUGAGCAUGGGGACCCAGGUAGUGGUUCUGCACCUGCCCCUGACCACGAAGGGGCCCUUUUGGGAACUGGAGACUGGUGCCCCUCGGACCCUGCUGCAGACCCUGAAGGACCCGGCCCUGAAGGACCUCCUCCUCACCUGCCCCGUCUUCCCCUGGCGCUCCUUGAUCCUGAGGCCUCAGUAUGAGAUCCAAGCCAUCAUGCACAUGCGCAGGACCAUCGUCAACAUUCCUUCUACCUUGGAGGUCGACGUGGAGGAUGUCACCGCCUCCUCUGAACACAUCCACUUCAUCCAGCCGCUGCUGCUGAGUGAGAUCCUAGCCAGGGGAGGCCCCUUCCCCCUGACCACGGAGAUCCUGGAGGUUCCAGCGGGUCCCCCCAUCUUCCUCAGCCCGUGGGUGGGCUCUUUGCGGAAAGGCCAGAGGCUCUGCAUCUAUGGCCUGGCUCUGCCACCCUGGCGGGUCCUGGCCUCGUCCAAGGGCCUGAAGAUGCCCAGACACUUCAUGGUCUCUGGGGCCUACAAGGGUAAACUGCGGCGACGGCCAAGAGAGUUCUCCACGCCCUAUGACCUCCUGAGUGCUGUCCAGCCAGGCCAGCCACUCCGGGUGGUGGCCAUGAAGGACUGUGAGGGUGAUGAGCUGGAGAUUCCUGGGUUUACUUCCCUGGCUAUGGGGGACAGGCUGGAGGUGGUGGGGCCUGGUCAGGUCCACGGGGCUUACGGCAGGGACGUAGACAUCUUGGUGUGUCUUCGGCUCAGUGACCAGGCUGGGGAGGAAGAGUGUGAAGAGAAGGCAGAGGACCAAGAAGAGAUUGUGCUGCCCCUCUACUUCUCCAGCGGCUUCGUGGAGGAGGUGAGUGAUGGCCGGCGAUAUAGCCUGGAAGACCUGACUGCCCAGUUCUCACUACCCUGUGAGGUCAAGGUGGUCACCAAGGACACCAGCCACCCUGCUGACCCUCUGUCCUCCUUCCCGGGCCUGCGGCUGGAGGAGAAGAUCAUGGAACCCUUCUUGGUGGUCGGCCUGGACUCUGAGCCUGGGAUGUACUUCGAGAUUCCACCCCGGUGGCUAGACCUGGUUGUUGUGAAGGCUGAGGAGCACCCAGGCCGGCCAGCUGGGUCUCUCCCCAUAGCCACAGUGGAGGAGCUGACAGAUGCCUUCUAUUAUCACCUUCGGAAGUUAUCGGCCUGCAAGGACGAAUGCCCCCCACCCAGGCCCCCGAAGGGUCCGGGCCUCAGCGGGCAGGGGAAACAGAACAGCAAGGAGAAAAGUGUCAAGUCUUCUCAAGUCUCAGAACUGCAGCAACCCCCUCUGCUGCCCAAACUCAAGUCGAAUACCCUGCCCGCCGUCACAGAGGAGAGAUCAAAUACCUACAGCAAGAUUUCUGCCAAAACGAAAGGCCUCAAGCCCACUAAGCCCAACACACUGGAUCCAGAUGAACAUGAUUACGAAGAAGUAGUUGAGCACUUUCAGAAAACCCUCUAGAUGCUGGAGGAACCAUGCUUCCUAACUGCUGCUUCUCAGGGAAUCCAGGAUCCCAGCCAAUUGCUACAAGCCUUUAGAAGACCUUGGACAGUCUCACGGAAAUCAGACUGCGGACAGGGACGCGGCUUUGUGGGACUGACUGGCAAUGGGAUGGACACUGCACAGCUACCUUCAGGUUCACUGAGGUCACGCUUGUUUGGGCCAGCCCCUACACUUGAUGUCCUGACUCAGAGCGUUGGUAUCCAGAAGAGCCAACUGGUUUCUACUCAAUCCUUCACCCCCAACAGCAGCUGUCCCACUGGUUGGUAAGAAAGGACAUCAAAACCACCAAUUUUGGUGAUGGCAGCAUAGUGACUCCUGCCUCUUGGUAAAGGGGGACUCAAUCCUGACCACACUGAACUGAGAGCAUUUUGUGUUUGCCACCCCCUUACCGUCUUCCCACUCCAU